UGCUAAUUCUCUGACAAUUGGAGAACUGUCACACUGACACCAGCCCCCUCUCUACCUCCACCCACUCCUCCCCUGGCAUUUGCUGUCACUGGCACCCCCUCCUGUAUAUAAGCCUCUGACUCCUUCCCAUUGCAUAUUUGCUUUGUGUAACUACUCCAGAUGCUCGACAUGCUAUCUCCUGGCUCACACUCAUCUCUGCGCUUCACUUUGUUCUGCAGUGCCCUUGCUCUGCUGCUCUCAUGCCAGCGCACUCAUGCCUGGUAUAAACAGUCUACUGGCCCCAGCUAUUACUCUGUGGGUCGAGCCUCGGGGCUGCUGUCUGGCAUUCGCCGAUCCCCCGAUAUUCGCCGUUCAGAGCCAGAAAAUUCCAUGGAAAGCACAGAGAUCCCAGAAGAGACCUACCUAAACAGUUUGGGAGUCAAGAGGCAAGGAGCUGUGCUAAAAAGUAUGGCGCUGUGUGUGAAAGAUGUGUCUCCUAACCUGCAUAGCUGUGAGCUUCUCCCAGAUACAUCCAGCACAUUUCAGUGCAAAGCCCAGAUUUACCUCUCUCUGGAUACCUCGGAUUGCCUCGCACCCUAGCCUCCAAACCUAAAGACUCUGUUGUCCCCCUUCUGUGACCCACUGGGACCCCUGACCUAAGGCGUGGGGUGGGGGGGAGACAAUUGUGUAGAUUCUGUAUCUGCUGCAUAGAGAUAAUUUGUUCAAUGAAUAAAUCAAAAUAGCUGCUGUUGCCUUUCUGCA